GCCUUUAGGGCGAAGGUGAUUGGGUAGCUCAACAACACGGCCCGCCUCCCUGACAUUGAUAUUUAAAGGUGCAGAGUGCCAGCGUGGACCGAGCUGCUGUUCACUAACUACAAAGGGAGGUGUCGCGAGAAGCUGCCAAGAAGCUGCCAAGAAGCUGUCUGUCUCCACCCCAGCCCCCACCAGUCAGUUAUGAUGCUGCUGAAGUCACUAGCAUCCCUCUGCGUCCUGGCUGCAGUUGCCUUUGCUGUACCUGCUCAGGAGAAGCGCAUCCAUCACCACGCUGACCUGAGCGACCACGCCCACGACGAUGCUCACGGCUUCCAGUACGACCACGAGGCCUUCCUGGGCAAGGAGGAGGCCAAGACCUUUGACCAGCUGACCCCCGAGGAGAGCAAAGACAAAUUAGCGAAGAUUGUGGACCGCAUUGACACUGACAAGGACGGCUACGUCAGUCAUGCAGAGCUGCACCAUUGGAUCAAACACCGGCAGAGGAGGUACAUCGAGGAGAAUGUGAACAAACACUGGAAGGACUACGACAAGAACCAAGACGGCAAGAUAGGCUGGGAGGAGUACAAAAACACCACCUACGGCUACUAUCUGGAUGAGGAGUUUGCUGACGUUGAAGACAAGGCCACCUAUAAGUCCAUGCUCACCCGGGAUGAAAGGCGCUUCAAGACAGCUGACCGAGACGGUGACGGUAUUGCCACACGUGAGGAGUUCACUGCCUUCCUUCACCCUGAGGAGUUUGAUUACAUGAAAGACGUGGUAGUGCAGGAAACUGUGGAAGACAUCGAUAAGAACGGCGAUGGCAAGAUCAACUUAGACGAGUACAUUGGUGACAUGUACACACCAGAGAACGGGGAGAGGGAGCCUGACUGGGUCCAGACAGAGAGGAAACAUUUCUCAGAGUUCAGAGAUGCCAACAAGGAUGGCUACCUGGAUGCUGGGGAGGUGGCCCACUGGAUUCUGCCAGGAGAGGUUGACCAUGCUGACAAUGAAGCCAAACACUUGAUCCAUGAGACAGACACCGACAAGGACGCCAAAAUAACCAAGAAGGAGAUUCUGGACAACUGGAACAUGUUUGUGGGCAGCCAGGCGACCAAUUACGGGGAAGAUUUAACAAAGAGACAUGAUGAACUUUGAUGAGCUGUCAGAUGCUCAUUUGGGUUCAUAUUUCACUACUAUGGAGAAUUCUGUUACAGUGUUUGUGGGGUGGGGGUGGGGGUGGGACUCAGUAAAGUAAGGUUCCGACUCUGGGUUACACUGUAAUCGAGUAUAAUCCUGGACCCUGCACAUGCAUAUCCACACACACAUACUAAUCCAUUCAAAUUCAGCAUGCACUCGUCACAUACUGUGUAUGUGAAUACAGAUGAUACUGGUGAUCCUACACACACACACACACACUUCUCUCUGUUUUAUUUACAUAUCCAUUUGAUUCGAUUUUUUUUUUAUAACUGAGACGCAUAUCCUCAGUGAUAACAUAUUGCUGUUGUCCAGUGAUUACGAACUAACAAAACUGUGGAUCGCGUCCACCAUGCACUGGCAUCCAGCUGAAACUGGCUGUUUUCCUAUGAGCCGAAGAGGAGAGUGCUCUCAGCACGUUCUUAAAUAAUAAAACCUGACAACAGCGUCUUUACCUGAGAGACGUGGUUACAUACGUCAGAAGGCAUGUGAGCAUUUGGGCUUUGCUGUCAGAGGGUAUGAAAUGCCCAACUGGAGGAGUGACUGAAGGGCUGUGUUACUGACUUUUGGGGGUUUGACAAUUAAAUAAAGUCUUGUUUUUCUACAA